AUGACUUCCCCGCGAGAGAAAUCCCCUGCUACGCCGCGAGAGGACACUCCCGAGCCCUGGCAAUCGACCGUCUCGGAGAAAGAGCCAAAUGAGACCCUUGCCCUUGUACCCAGCGAUGAGCUGCUUGACUCGCUGCAGAACUCCGAGCAAGUGCAGAAAGUGGUCCGAGAAGGCAUUCUUCUUGCGGCAGGGGCGGCAGCUAUCCUCCUGCAGGUCGCGAUGCCCGGCGUUGCCAAAGGCGUUGACAACCAUAGCAGCUUUGCAUACCGCCCGCUACAUCGACUCCGCACCACCCUCACAUUUGUCUACUGCAUGGCCUUUGGCACAAGGGAAGAGAAGAAGGGAAUCAUCACGAUGGUCAACCGGGCCCAUGCAGAGGUCAAAGGGCCGGACUAUUCUGCUGAUGACCCCGAGCUCCAGACCUGGGUUGCAGCGACCCUCUACGCCAGUGGCAUCUAUAUCUACGAAGAGGUCUACGGUACCAUGGAGCCCUUCCGCGCGGACCAGAUCUACCAGGAGUUUUCCGUUCUGGCGGUGGCGCUGCGCGUGCCGCGGGAGAAGUGGCCCAAAAACCGCAAGGCCUUUUGGAAAUACUGGAACAAGACGGUGACAAAGCUCGAGAUCACUCCCCAUGCGCGACACAUCGCCGACGAUCUACUAUACAACAAGCACCUGUUUUUCCCUUUGCGGAUGGCUCUGCCCCUUGUCCGCUUGACGACGGCGCAGAUGCUGCCAGACAGGAUUCGCGAAGGGUACGGGUUAAAGACAGGCAGCUUUCGGCGGACGUUUUAUAAAACCACGAUGUUGGGUGCCAGAAUUGCCUACCCGGUGAUUCCUCGCUUCAUUCGAACGAUCCCGAUGAAAUUUUACAUGAGGGAUAUGCGGCGCCGUCUGCGAAACAUGGCGUAA